AUGAGUUUACUUUCCAUAAGGCUUAGUAAGUAUGUCAGACCUAUAUGGAAGAACAUUUCAAGCAAAAUUUCAAUCAAAUUUGAGGACAUCUACCGCCUCAAACCAUCAAUGGCUGCUUACAAGAAUUGCUUUCUCCUAUCUUUGAUCAUUGCAUUAUCAUUUUCGAGCAUCCAUAUGAGCUUGGCUGCUCGCUACCUACUUCAAACACCUCUACCGGCAGCACCACCUCUGCCUACACUAACACCUCAGCCUAAAGCCACAUUGCCACCGAUGCCCACUGUGCCAACACUGCCAACCACCCCAUUACCUACAACGCCGACAGCCCCUACUCUGCCAAAGCCCAAUCUGCCGCCAAUGCCAGGCACUCAAACACCAUCUUUGCCUAUCCCAACACUACCUUUAGUGCUUGUCAUUCCAAAUCUCCCACUACCUCCUCUGUCAUCAAUUUCUAUUCCCUCCAUCCAGGCGAUAAUUCCAUCACUCCCAACCAUUCCAAUCACAAUGCCAAAGAUUCCUUUCCUCUCACCACCCCCGUCUACCACCAGCCCCUAAGAUGCUACCAUUACUUCCAUGUUUUCCAACUCUCAGACUAUUUGCUUGAGUUUGCUUUGUAAUAAGGCUGUUUAGAGCGAGUGAUUUCAUGUUUUUAUUGCCUAGGAAGUUUGUGUUUCAUUUUGAUGGAUACGUGGUUAUUGUAUGUCGACUUUAUUGUUUGCGGUGUAUAUUAUUUGUUGUUCUGUAUGAAUUUGAUUUCUUG